ACACAGCUAUCUGAAGCAGCAGCAGUUCCCCUGCACUCUCCUCCUCCUGCAGGCUGCGCUCAUACACGCACGAAAAGAUACAAACAGAGCUACGCGCUUAAACCAGUAAGAUACUAGACACACAUUGUGGUAGCGUCUUUUUUAUUUUUUUAUUUUACCUUAAAUCUUCAGGCAAAUCCCCACACACGCAAACAACUCAACUGACUGAGACCGCAAACUCACAUUCAAGCCACCUGCAUCCAUCUGCAGACUUUUUGUUGCUUGUACAAAAUCCUGCCAGAAGAUGAGGACGGUAUUGCUCUGCACGUGUGGCACGCUCCUGCUCGUGGUCACCUUGGUGCCACAAACCACCCGGGCAGCAGACAACUCUGUAAACUCUCACCAGCGUUGGGAUGCCAGAGGACCUCACAGUCUCGGAUCCGAAUCUGGCCACUCUACUUCUUGCCCCUUGAAACUUCGACCCGCCGGCCACUGUGGGAGCUCUGGAGACGGGCUGGAUGACGGCGAGGGAUGCCCCUACCAGCUAACCUUGCCGCCCCUCACCAUCCAGCUGCCCAAGCAGUUCAGGCUGCUGGAGAAGACCAUGAAGGAGCUGCAGAGCCUCAAAGAGGUGGUGAACAAGCUGAAAAGUGGGUGCCAGGAGUGCCGUGGGGAAAGGAGCAACGGAGUCUUUGGAUAUCAGCAAGCGGACCAAGGACAGACACAGAUCCCCAUUCAAAGGGAUGCCGGAGAAGAGGCGGUGGAUCUUCAGAGGGGGUCCAGUCGAGAGGAGAGGGGAGAUGGAAUGGUUCCUGGAGCUACUUUAGAUGGUACAAGACUUGGGCAAGGUUCCAAUUUUGGGAAAAUUACAUUUAACCCAAGUAACAUGCAAGAGAUGCAGGUGAAACUGAAUAGGAUGUCUGCCAGCCUGCGCAACGCCAGGAGCCAGAUCUCAGCUCUGCAGGGCAGACUGGAGGGGCUGAACCUGCUCAACAUGGACAACGUGCAGGCUAUGGUGGACAGACGGGUGGAGAACAUCACCGGAGAGGUCAACAAGCUGAGCUCCAGCUGUACUACCCAGUGCGCGGCACAGAACAGCCCUCAGUUCAUAAUAGCCCCUCGGGACUGCUCCGACUACAACGUGCUGGAGGUGAGGAAGAACGGCGUUUACCGAGUGACCCCUGACCCCCGCAACGGGACGUUCGAGGUUUUCUGUGAAAUGGAGUCCUUCGGGGGAGGAUGGACUGUCAUACAGCAGCGCCUCGAUGGGUCCGUCAACUUCAACCGCACAUGGGCCGAGUACAAGAAAGGAUUUGGGAACAUACGAAGUGAGUUCUGGCUCGGCAACGACCAUAUUCACCUGCUGACGAAGGCUAAAGACAUGAUUCUGCGCAUAGAGCUGGAGGACUUUGAGGGUGUCCGGGAAUAUGCAAAGUAUGACCAGUUCUACGUGGCCAAUGAGUAUUUGCGUUACAGACUCUCCAUCAGCGGAUACAGUGGAACAGCUGGGAACGCCAUCAGCUUCAACAAGCACUUCAACCACGACCAGAAGUUCUUCUCCACCCCGGACCGCGACAAUGACAUGUACCCCUCUGGAAACUGCGGCGCCUACUACAGCUCCGGCUGGUGGUUCGACGCCUGCAUGUCCGCCAACCUUAACGGGAAGUACUACCACAAAAGGUACAAGGGCGUGAGGAAUGGGAUCUUCUGGGGAACGUGGCACAACAUGACAACAGAGUUCUACCCGACCAACUACAGGCAGGCCUUUAAGACCGUCAAGAUGAUGAUACGGCCCAAAAACUACGCUCCUUAAGAGGACCGGCAGAUAUUCUUUACCCACGAGGGAGAAAACCCGAGAAAAUGGAAGAACAUAAAGCCCCAUUCAUUAUCCUGGCGCCGUUCAUACAUGCUUACAUGUACACAAACACACACGAAGACUGCAAAAGUUUACAGGAACUUUGACUGCAGUAACAAAAAAUCAUUGUGAAAUAUAUUAUGCCAUUUUCCCUGAUGCGAGUAUGGCCUUUGAAAUGUUGGAUUAAUAUGACAAUAAUAAAAGAAAAUCGUCUGUGAACAAUGACGGACUAUUAGGAAAAAAAAAAAAAAAGAAAAGGCAGCGUAAAGGCCAGCCUACUUCCGAGUGCCGUAAUAUUCCACGGGACGUUAGCGUGGAUGAUUUUUUUUUCACCGGGCCCCCGACAUUUCUCCCACUUUCGUCCUGCUGCAUCCCUGCAAUAAGCCCUGCCGAGACGCAGCACAGCACAGGAGUUAAAAACUAAUGAGCUAUCAUUUUCUUAUGCUGUAAAUGAUUUCAUAAUUAACAACGACCACUCGAGUGAGGGAGCCGAAGAUAGAGUUUUGUGUCUGAAAUUACUCAUGAAAGACUUCCUGCUGGGACUGUUUAAUUACACCGGGGCAGUGUGGUAAUGUAUCAUUAUCCAAAACAUUAUGAAAUCCCCCUGGGCAGGCCGAUGUGAAGCCUGAGAGGAAUCCCUACCAUUCUACUUAUAUGCAGUGCAGUUUAGAUUACUGAUUCUCUGAUAAAUUGUUCUUGACACUAAACAGUUUUAAUUAUUUUCCAUCAUUAUCUCUUGAUGCACUGCACAGCUCCUAAUGAUACACAGAUUCUCCUUAUCAACCAUGUGUACAAUGCUACCACCUAGUGCUAGAAAACUGUAUAGUACCAUAGUCAAUUUUAUACACACUGAAAGGCAAAGGUGGACUAAGGAAAUGUCUGUUAGAGGAUGUGUACAGUAUUUAUUUUACUUUGUGAUGUAUCAGAGCUUUUAUAUAACAUGCACUGUUUAUCAUCCAGUUUCAAAGUCUAUUCACUGUUGAGGCGUGCAUAAUUGUGGUCACUCUGAGCAGAACCAUGCGUGUUUGUACUUUUAUGCAUCUACCAUACUGAUCUUUUCUAUUCACUUUAAAUCGGUCAUGCCAGAAAAAUAAAUCUACAUUUUUUUAUAUAAUAA